AUGGCCUCUGCCAGCGAGCUUGCGAGCACCCAAGCGGAGCUGCAGUCCGUGAAGCGGGCGUUGCAAAGUGGAGCAGCCUACCUCGGACUUCAGGGUGAAGCACUUCAGAAGUACUUGCUCCAAUUGAGCGAGAAGGAGAAUCUCUUGCUCUCCAAGCAGUUGCAUUCCAUGGCAGCUCAGGAUAGCUUCGAGCCAUUAUUGCCGGCGACGGCAUCUUCCGGACCCACGCGAGGAUACGCAGCAGGGCAUGUGACCAACGGGGCCCAUCAGCCUGCGCGACCUGCACCAGUGGGAGAUGCUAAGGCGUUCAACCGCGAGAAUCUGCAAGAUGUUCUGACUCAUAUGGCAGAAUAUGAGGCGGUGCCGGCAGAGUGUGCGAAGGCCUUGAAGGCACUGUCUUCCCUGGCCUAUUCCAACGCACGGUCCGUGGGCAAGGACGAGCGAGUGCUCGCUGCUUUGCUUAGAGCAGUCCGGUUGCACCAGUCAGAAGGUGCUGUGCAGCUCACUGCCAUGCGGGCGAUCUCAAACAUGGCUUAUGACCAGGAAGUGGCCCUGACAAGACUAGCGAAGUCUGAUGUCAUGGGGCAGCUGUUGACUUCCAUGGCUUCGAAGUCUGAACCAAAGGAGAUUGCCGCCAGGGCCAGCGAAGCUCUGGCCAGAAUCAUUGCUGCAGAGGUAAAGCCCGACAGCGAAGGCGGUGGACCGCCUCCAGAGCAACCAGUGCAGGUCCCUCCUGGUUCUCCAGGAGCCCUUUGCGGGCUCUUCCUCGCAGCUUGUAGUGCUGAGGCGCCUUGCAAGGAGAUCGUGCCACAAUUGCUGUUGCAGCUGUCGUCCAAUGAGGUCAUCGAAGCGAAGCAAGCUGCCGAGGGCUUCACUCGAUGUGAGCAAGAAUGCAAAACUCCAGCAGAUGGCGUUGGUUGGUUGGCACUGGCCAAAGUUCUCUCGCCCAUGGACUCCGUGCGCGAUUUGCCGGCCGCCUUGGUCGAAGCAGGUGCCAUCCGAGCGGCUGCCAGCAUCAUGACUCGCUUCAUUGAAGAUAGACUCGUGCAAUUGACAGGCAUCGAAGCCAUGUCAAGCUUGGUUGGAAAUCGAUGGGCCGGAUUGCGGGCCUUUGCAGAUGUUGGUGGUAUGGAGAGAGUGGAGGAAGCCAUGCGUCGUCAUGGCCAGGACUCGAUGAUUCAAACGAAGGGUGUGCGUGCGCUGGGCAGCGGUGUUCAAUGGCCUCAAGACAUCCAAGAGAGAGCUCGGUAUUCCCAUCGGCGAGCGGUCGAUCUGACAAAGACCGCGAUGUCCCAGCAUGGGGCAGAUGUGGAGCUCCAGAUAGCAGCCCUCGAGGCGCUCGCCAAGUAUUUAGACAAGACCAAAUGCGUGUCUGACAUCAAGGAUGCAGGAGGCGAAGGCCUAGUGAAGAUGAUGAUGACCACGCAUCAUUCCAAUGCCAAGGUUCAGCAGUGGGGUCGUCAUGUGCUUACCGGCAUCGGGGCGGAUCCAAAUUGGGCCCCGAAAGCUGGCGCGUUGCCUUGA